AUGGCAACCCUGAAGGCUCUGCAUGCCCGAAGAGUGCAUCGCAUCAUGGGCGACGUUCCUCUCCGCAUGGGAGAUGACCUCCCGCCCUCUCCGGCAGAAGUACCUCCGGAACUCGCUCCAGCGUUUCAGCAUGGCUCAACAUUCCAACAGCUCCCGCCAGACUCGCCGUUCAUUCGUAGCGACAAGCGCUUGGCACGGUUCAAUUUAGCGGCGUGGUGUCCGGUGACUGUUCCGAAUGAGCUCGCCCGCCGACUGCUUGACUUUUAUCUCCAUACCGACCAUGCAGUGCUCGGGCAUUUCGACUCGGAGCUUUUCAUCGAGGACCUCCUCAAUAACAACACCGAUUUCUGUUCAGUGUUGCUGGUCACGUCAUUAUUGCUUUGGGCCUGCCACGGAUACUCCCUUAUCGAUCAACGAGCCCUCAUGCUCAGUACUCCACUUUUCGAUGCGACCCUUCGCCUAUGGCAACAGGAGCGUGAUCACAACUCACUUACUACCCUUGCCGCCGGAAUCUUCUUCAGACUGGCUUGUACUGUCAUUGGCAAUGAAGACAUUGGUCUGAGCGUAUUCGCAGAUAUGUACGACAUGGUACAAAGACUUGAGCUGGUGGGGACCGUGAGUGACAAUCCGGAGGCAUAUACCCAAUUGGACGAGCACGAGAGGAAGUGGUACCGAGCACGAGCGCAUGCGGCGUGGGGUUUAUUUAACUUCACCACACUUCACUCGUUCUCCUACGGACCACCGAUGAUGUCCGAGCUUCCCAAGUUCAUGAUUCCUGGAGAAGCAUACACCUGGCCGCUUCCGGACUUCAUGGGAAACACAUUCACCAAACUUUCCAAGCUGUGGCUUAUCCUGAACGAAGUCUCGCUUGCCUACUUCGCUGACCCUUCAGGUGGUUCACCGGAGCACCUAUCGAUCGACUUCGCCGAAGGACAAUAUCGGCGACUCCUCGAAUGGGCGGAUAUGAACGGACCCUUGAUCGAACAGUGGGACCGCGAUUCGCGCCACCAGUCCUACAUCCAGGUGAUUUUCCACACCUGCGUCCUCGAGCUCUUCCGGCCCUUCCUCGACACCAAUCUCCCCCUCAAGACUUUUCAAUGGCAGCAAUGCACCCCGCGCGCCAUCUACUCAGCCUCCACCCGCCAACUCCACUACCAACUCCUAAUGUUUCCCAUCAUCCACCCCUCGGCCGAUUUCAUCUGGUGGUGGUAUGGAGUCUGCCAGAUCGCCAACGCCGCUAUCACCACCCUCGAGAAACCAGACUCGCAGUGGAUCUUCCUCCUCUGUCUCGUCUGCUUUCACGACCUCGCCGUUUGCUUCCCCGUCAUGGGCGAUGUGUUGGCGGGAUUGUUGCGGAUAGCGACGAGGAGGAAGUUUCUGCACCGCCGGGAUGCGCACGUUCUGUAUGAGCGGUUGAGAGAGAAUCGGAGGAUGUUGACCCGGCAGGAUCAGAAGGGCGUGGGGUUUUCGAUCGAUCUUUCCAUGUCAGAGAGGGGUUCGGAGAUAGCGAGUGUGUCACAGCUUGCGAAGGCUUCUUGA